AUGACCAUUCUGGAUUUUUGUUCACAUCCACUGCGCAUCUACAACAACUUGAUGAACAUGUCUGUUCGUCCAUCGUGUCUGCUUCAAGGAUCAUUGAUGCCAUUUCUGUACCCUUUCUCAAAAGCCGAACUAUUCCAAGCAGCACGAUAUGCACAACGUUUCACCCGAGUUUCUCGUCUGGGAGUAACAUGUUUGCGACAGAACAGCACCCUAGUCACGCAAGACGACGGCGAUGUUGAUGCAGAGUAUGACCGCUUGAAUCCAACGCCGGAUGACUUUUCCGCCACUCCUUUUACCGAUCAUUGCACCAUUACAGUUGAAGCAGGAAGUGGAGGCAAUGGAUGUAUCUCGUUCUUGCGCGAGAAAUUCAUUGCAAAUGGACCUCCCAAUGGCGGCGACGGCGGCACCGGCGGUAACGUAUAUAUUCAGGCCGUGCGUGGAGAGACAUCGCUGCACAAGGUGGCUAGAAGACGUGAAGUGAAAGCGGGACGAGGCAGAAACGGGCAGGGCAGCAACAAGAAUGGGCAAAAAGGGACCGACGUGGUAAUAACCGUGCCAGUCGGGACGGUAGUAAGAGAGCUAGCAAGGCACGAUCCGGUGACGGUAGAGGAAGAAGAAUUUCUCGAAGAGGCGUUUGAAAGAAGGAGAAGAGAUAUGGAGGAAAAGUACGCAAGAAAGGACCGCGAAAAAAGAGCUGCCAGCGGAGAGAUUGUGGAAGACGAGGACGCGGAUGAUGCAUUUCAACUUAAACGCGAGAGGCGUACAGAUCCACUCGAAUUCCUUGGUCCCACGAGGAGGGACAAGUUCUUGAUGUAUCCUGGCGAAGACCCGUCGAGACUAUGGACUGCAGAGUUACCUCGCCUACCGGAGCCUCGCCGUUCGAAUCUUGCGAGAAUAGCCCCAGAAGCACCCAUCACACUUGAUCUUGAUAGUCAUAUGGAAACACCCGUGCUGAUCGCCCCAGGUGCGAUGGGUGGUUACGGCAAUCCAUAUUUUGUAACUAAAGAUCAGCCUUUGCCCAAGAUCGCCACAAAGGGGGAUGGCGGUGUUAAGAUAGUGCUCCACCUGGAACUCAAACUCCUCGCCGACGUAGGACUCGUUGGACUACCUAAUGCAGGCAAAAGCACACUGCUCCGCGCUGUAAGCAAUUCACGAGCUAGAGUUGGAAAUUGGGCCUUCACAACCUUGCGGCCCAACAUUGGUACCGUGGUGUUGGAUGAUUACAAAGGACGCUCGAAUCUUCAGCACUUGAGUAGGAAGAGCGGCAGGACGCGUUUUACCAUUGCAGAUAUACCCGGUGUGAUAGAGGACGCACAUAUGGACAAGGGUCUCGGCUUAAGCUUUUUGAGGCACAUUGAACGAGCCCGCGUGCUUGCAUUCGUCAUUGACCUAUCCGCAGGAGAUGCGGUGAAGGCGCUUCAAGCGCUUUGGACCGAAGUCGCUGAGUACGAGAAUCUUGGUUCGCAGAAGCACUUUGAUGACGAGGAAUCUCCGGUAACAGAUUGGCAACCCACGUCGCCUGUCUCACCAUUGAAUAUGGAUCUCUCAGAGGCAGAAGAUAUCAUUUUUCAAGCUGAGAAGAACCUUCCACCACUCACAUUGCCCCCCAUGUCAAGCAAACCAUGGUUCGUUGUCGGCACGAAGGCUGAUCUUCCCGAUACGCAAGACAACUUUCUCAGACUGCAGCGGUAUUUGCAUGCCGUUCAGUCCGGAAAGGUACAGCAUCCAAGUGGAAAGGACGAAGCUUGGAAACGCAAGUUGUACGCUCUGCCUAUCAGCGGUAUACGAGGCGAGGGGGUAAACAACAUCCCAGAGGUCGUCAUUGAAUUGCUAUUGCAUGACGGGUGAGACGGAGGCGUUCGAAUCCGAAGCAUGCUUCGGGUUGUUAAAUUUAUGUACACAUACACGUCCUAAAGAAAUACUCUGAAUCUUCUUUUA